AUGACAGCCUACAUCUUUGCAUUCUUGCAGGUUGAAAGGCACAAACAAAACUCUCUCGGCUCUACAGUUCGUCUAUUUACCUUUAUCUCUCUCCUCUGCUGGUGCAUCGCCGGGCACAUGAGUCCCGGUGAGCACCUUCCAACCCGCUCCGCUCAACGCUUGGCGGAUGCAUGUGCAAAGAAGCGGAGUAAAGAUCUAUUUGAGAAAUUCGGUAACACGUCCAAGAGCCAACUGACGCCUUUGCCAGCCUGCGGUGUCCACAGAAAGCAAAUAAGAACAAAAAAGAUAUCGCAAACACGAUGCCAUCGCAGACAACAUUCUGAGCCAACCUCUGAACGGAUCGAAGGUGACGCCUUGAAGAUACGACAAAAGUGCGAAGCUAAGGUAACCGUGAAGUUCGGGCUACUCGGAUGUGAUGACCCGUCCCUCUACCAGUUGCCAGGGCGCCAGGCAGACAUGCAAGUCGUUCUAAACUCUUCUGGUGCUUUCGUAGUCGCCCUGACUCCAGUUCUGCCACGUUCGUUUGUAGGCGGAGUCUGA